UGGCGCACCAGUCACCGCCGCCGUCCUUCCAAAAAUGGCGUCGAUACUAGCGAUGCUAAAGCGCUCCGCAGCCGCUGAAUGCGAUUCAGUUUUGGUAUUGAGGAGAUGGGUUCAUGCUUCAGCACUCGCUCCAUCUCUGGAUGAUUCCUUCACUCAUCCCGCACCAUCACAGCAGUUGGUUUUACCCGAGUCCGAUCGAUUAUCUGACAGAAAUAGUAACACCUUCGGGUUCGGGUUCGGGUUCUCAAGUUUCCCCUUCGGAGGAUCCAUGGAGCUCAUGGCUGUCCCAAAGAGAAAAGUGAGUCGCCAUAAGAGAGGCAUAAGAAAUGGACCCAAGGCUUUGAAACCCGUUCCGGUUAUUGUUAGAUGCAAGAGCUGCGGUCGUGUUAAGUUGCCGCACUUCUUUUGUUGCAGUGGAGAUCGGGGACAGAACAGCGAACAAGGUCAUUCAUCUGGUUAAGUAUGUCGUGACUUCUGUUGGUGAACUACAGAGAUAAAAUAAGAUGCUUUUUGUGUUUUAUGAGUAGAACUUUGUAUGGAUGUCUCUUGUCCAUUUUUUUUUCUUGUAGAAAUCUUUUGUCCUAAGCUUUAUGAUCAUCUAUCAAUAUAUUUUGCUUGAUGACUUUGUUAA